AUGGAGAGCCCCGACCUCCCCAAGGCCGAACUGGUCCGCGAGUCUUUGGACUUGCCUGUCCCUUCAACUCCUCGGAGAAGCGCUAGUGCCGCAGUAGGUGAGGCAAUGAAGACGCCAAUUACACCAAUGAGAAGCGCAUCUGCAAGAGUAACCUCGAAAGACCCGACAAUGACGCCACGCAUAAAAAAGAAGGUGCCCUGGAAGGGCAAGAAUAUCAUGGUGCUUUUACCUAGAGAUGACGAACGAGGACGCCCUGGCCAUGCGCCCAGACCCCUUAAUCAGACCGAGGUCGAGGGAAUGUUCAGAGAAUGGCAAGAGCUUGGAUACGACAUUAGUGGCUUCGACCUGGACGCGGCCGAGGGUACCUUCCAGGAACCCACCGGAUAUUCGCAGAGUCGAGACGGUUGGCCCACUUUUGAGGAUGUGACCAGAGAGCGCGCAGAACAGGCGUAUAAGGUCGUAUUGCCUGAUUUGAACGCUUGGAAGAACUACGUGGAUGAGCUUAACGAAGCCAAACUGCGAGCUCUUGGAGUGUCAUUUGGUGAUGAUGAACCUCCCGCACCAUCAAUAUCGCCUGCAGCAUCGCAACCUAGCCGGCAGGCUUCGGCGCAAUAUCCACCUUUGCCGUUCUCCCCCCCGCUGCCCACGUCCUCCGCGUCGAGCAAUCACAUCCCAGGAUUUCCAUUCCCGUCGCAAUUCAUGCCUGGUGGGCUUUCUUCCGCAGCACAGAGCCCCGGAAUUGCCUCCCCAGUCGGCUUUGGAAGCCACCCAGCCAAGUACAAUGCCAGACAGUCUAUUUCAGUCCCCAUGGGCCACUCCCCAUUCCAGCUCGCAAACCAGCCCUCGCCUUUGGGCUGGUCCGCGCAACACAGAACGGACUCGCCCUCAUUGCUUAACGGAAUACUUUCACCUGUGUCUCCGUUCACUCCCGAAGGCUUUGCGCAGAGUGGCAGCCCUGCCUUCAACGCCCAUCAGCGACACCAGUCUCUGCAGUUCCCGAUGUUACCCCACCAGUUCAUGCAGCAGCCUGCAAGAGCAUCCCCGCGCCUGCAAGAAGUUAGAGAGGAUGAGGAGGAGCCCAUUGAGGAGGAGCACGUACAACCUUCUGACGCUGCGCAGAGGAACAGCGAUGAUCUCCAAGCUGAGAUUGACGAAGCAGAGUAUCAUCUGGAGGAACAGAUGCGCAACGAGCUGGAGCACGAGGACUACAGCCCUCACAACGAGGAGGCUGCCGCGGAGCAAUUCGCCAACAUCCCAGACGAACAGCCGCCUUUGACCCACGGCAUGGACCAGUCCAUCCAAUUCCAAGACUUCCAAGCGCCUCAACAAUUUUCCAAACAGAUUGGAGAUGGCCCGGUUCUCCACCACCCGCGUCCUCACAGCCGAGGACAUUCAUUGUCCCAAAACUUCUUCUCUCACCAUGACGAGAACCGGCCACGAAACGAUAGCUUCUCAGGUUGGCACGAUGUUGAUGCUCAGCGGAUCGAUGAAGCUGCCGAAAUUGAGACCAACCCCAGCAAUCUUGGCACGCCUGUGCAAGACUAUAAUCUUACGACUCUCCUGCAACAACACCAGCGAUCUUUCUCGACGGCGAGCAACCCGUGGAAUGAUAUGCCAUCAAGUAACGGAAGUUCAGGCCAGAACAGAAGAGGCAGCCACGUCAGCAAACCCUCACUCUCUAAGCUCAACGUCAAGGCUCCUGAGUUCAAGUUCAACCCUGGCGGCCAUGAGUCAAGGACUAGCUUCAGCUUCGGUGGCAACAGCAGCUUCCAGCCCACCACCGUGUUCCAGGCCGGGUCCUUCGCACCAUCUGUCUCCUCUCCUUCCACACACUCUUUCGGUGCACAGUCCAUCUCAUCCAAGAUUAACGCUGCGGCCCCUGUCUUCUCGCCUGGUCAGAGCGAGUUUAGCUUUUCGGCUUCUGGCGGUCCCAAGUUCCGACCGGAUGCGCCCGCCUUCACACCCUAUGGCGCUGUUUCAGACUCACUGGCCAGUCCUGUGUCGGGCAGCGAGAGCACUGGCAACCACACUAGCUCAAUUUUCGGCAACAUUGACUUGAACCUUUCCGACAUUGUCAAGCCUGCUAAGAAAUCCAAGGCCAUCCCCAUUGUUCCGCCAAGCAACGAGGAUAAGGUGGUGGAUGAUGGCGUCAAGGAUGAUGCUGAUGGUCGUCUGAUUGAUGAAUCUCGCUUCAAGAGAGCCAAGGCCUCUCGAGGAGACGGGGACGAUGUUCCUUUGUUUGCCGAACCGUCACCCGAACCCACUUCGCUGCAAUCGCUGCAGCCUGUAUCAAACAAGGACGAACUGGAUGCUUCGGAGCACAAGUCCGGUGACGAGCAAGCGCAUACACCGGCUGACACGACCAUGUCCUCAACUGUUGUGUCUGAGCAGCCCACUGAUUCGAAAGCUGUCACUGCUACAAGCCCCUCCGACACGUCGCCUGACCAGCAGCAGAGCAACUGGGCCCCCUUCGAGUUCGACUCGAAGGAUGAGCUCCAGAACUUCAACGAUGCGGUACCCUUCGGCAUUGACACAUACAAGAAGGGCCACAACAAGUCCUUGUCUGCGACUGCCAAGGCUUUCAUCCCUGGUGGAGGCUGGGGCGCCGCUGCGCAGGAAACUGAGACCGAAGAAGAGGAGGAUGACGAGCGCGAUAGAGAAGAUACUAUCGAGCCAUUUGCCCCGAGUACCGAGGCUGCUGCUCCGUCGCCUCCACGCGAUCCCUCACCCCGUGUGCCGUCGCCUCCGCCGCAGAAGACAACCGCUCCCCGGGGAUUGGGUGCCUCUCGCUUCGCCAGUCCCCCCAAGGCUAAGGGCCUUGCGGCAUCUCGAUUUGCAGCAUCUCCCUCGCCUGCUCGUGAGCCUGAACAUGACGAGUCUGAGAUUCCCGAAGACUACGUGGUGUCCGAUGCCGAGGAAUAUGUCGACGAGCCUCAAGCUCCCGCCUUCACCUUUGGCGGAGACAACGUUGCUGAGUCUGUCGAGGAGCAACACGAGCCAACGUUCGAAGAGAUUGAUGCCAUCAUGGACCAUCUUAACCAGAAUGACCCUACUUUUGGCGUGAACAAGUCCAAAAGUGAUCUCAGUUGGCGUCAAUCCAGCCCCACCAGGAACGUUCAAGUCACUCACACCUCCCCAUACCGUUUGCAACCGGCAGCUCAGUACCGCAGCGGCACCUCGAGUCCUACUCGCCAAUUCCACGGUCUCCCUGGAGACUUGUCUUCUGCCCUGCCGACUACUGAAAUUGAGGAUCCUUUCGUUGACCCCCCUGUGAGCGCUCAGUCCUAUCACGCGCCUAUUACCAACUUGAACAUUGGAAGUGCGGAGCAAAGCGAUUGGGAGGGUGCCUUCAGCGACGAGGAGCAGGCCAAACUGGAACAGCGGGUUCAGUUCUUCGACGGUCGUGUCAAUGAGGUUGUUAGUGACCUUCUCUCUGACCGGCUUGCCCCCAUGGAGAAGGCAUUGCUGUCCAUUCAGCAGUCUCUCCGCGGUGAUUCGCGCAGGAGACAGUCGUCCUCCAUCCGUCGCAGUAUUUCUGCAGAGAUACAACACAGCGAUGCGGAUGAUGAAGAUGAGGAGCCUGUGCCUCGUCGCUCGAUGAGCCCGCGUCGCGACAGACGGAUGGAACAGAUCCGUGCCGCCGUCCUCGAUGCUUUCGCGGUUCAGCAGCGCAACAUGCCUUCUACUGCCGUAUCUCAGGUUGCUUCCGCCCCUGUCUCGGAUGAUGCCAACACUGCCAUCCUUCAAGCUUUGCAGGAGAUGAGGGAGCAGUUCGGCACGUCUAUGCGCUUGGACUUCCGUGGCGAGGACCUCCGCAACAUUGUCGAGGAGGCUGUCGAGAAGCGAAUGCCGACCCCGUCUCAGCAGCUGACUACGACUACCGGUGAUCACGACGAGGCUGUCAACAACAAGCUCAGCGAGCUUCAGGCCAAGGUCAUUGACCUCGAGGAGCGCCUCUAUGCUGAACAGACUAAGGUUGAAAAGGAAGUCACUGACCGCCGUGGCGCCGAGGACCUUGCCGCAGAACUUGAGCGGAAGCUGCAGGCUGCCGAGACUCGUGUUGAAAUUGAGAUCAUGAACAGAAGCAUCUUUGAUAACCGUAUUGGUGACCUCGAGGAAAAGCUUAGACAUCAAGAAGAGAGGGCCCAACAAGAAUUGGAUGGUCGCCGUACCGCCGAAGAUAGACUCUCGGAAGUCCAGCGCCUUCUCCGCAUUGCAUCUGAGGAGGAGAACCGUCUCCGCGAGAACGUAGAGGAGCAACAGCACAAGAUCAAGGCUCUGGAACAGGAUGCCUCGACGCAGAUGAUGCGUAUGACUCUGUUGGAGGCCUCGCAGACGAAUGCCACACAGACACAGACUGAGCUCACCAAUAAGAUCAACCAGAUGGAGGAUGAGGUUCGCAGUGCUAGGCAAGAAGCCAGUCACUGGAGAGCCGAGGCCGAGCGUACUGUUGAGACUGCUCGUCGUCAACAGAUCGACCUUAACGAGACCACCAACGAGAACAAGCAGCUGCAGAAGUUCCUCGAUACCCUCGGCACCCAGCUGCAGGAGAACGAACGCGUCAGGGAAAGCUGGCGUUCCAAGUUCGUCUCUCUUCAGGAGGACAUGGCCCAGGCUGCGCGUGACAUCACCGAGGAGAACGCCCGCCGUACCAAGCGUGAGCAGGCUCUCGUUGCCCGACAGGAGGUUCUCGACGCCAAGUUGCAGGCCGAGGCUCGCACUCGUGAGCGCCUCGAGACCGAGAUUGAGCGACUUGAGAAUGGUGAGCGCCAGGGCAUGCGUGCUGUCAACGAAUGCAAGCGCCUCGAGGGCAUCCUGGGUGAUAUGAAGACCGAGAACCACAAGCUUCAUCAAGCUGCAUUGAGAUACCAGCGCGAGUUUGAGGAGGCCAGAGAGUCUGGGGCAAGCGAGGUCCAGCGAACUCGCCUUUCCAUGCAGCACGAGGUUGACCAAGCCAACCAUCACGUCAACGCCGUCCGUGAAGAGCUCGAGGAGCAGAUUGCGAAGCUCAGAGCCGAGAAUGAUCAGCUUGCCAUGGACACUGAAACUUCAAAGGCUCAGUCCGAGAUGAUGGCCGAGGCAGCCCAGAAUAGCGAGUCCCAGACUAUCGAGGAGCUUAAGCGCAAGCACCAGAACGAAGUUGAGGAUAUCCAGGCCCGCUGGGAGAGACAGCUUAACAACGCUGUCGAGGAUGCCCAGAAGACUGAGCAGCAUCUUCUUGAGCGCCUUAGCCUGUCUACUUCCAAGACGGAGCAUCUGCAAGACCGUGUUGCUCACCUGGAAGAGAAGGUUGAGAUUGCUAGAGAGGCUGCCCGCGCCGCCGUCCAGGCCGCCAAGUCGGCUGGCGUGGAGCCCACCCAGUCUAUCGCCGCCAUCCAGCCCAAGGUUGCUGCUGUUACUGCUGCUGCUGCUGUUCCUGCGCCCAAGACCAUGGAACUUCCGGAGAAGAUCUCACCGCAAGCCCUACGCGAAUCCAUCAUGGUCUUGCAAGAGCAAUUGCAAGCCCGUGAGCAACGCAUUGAGGAACUCGAAUCCACCGUCGACAAGCUCGAUCCAGAAGCUCCCACUAAGAUUUCCAAGCGGGACGACGAGAUCACUUGGCUGCGCGAGCUCCUUGCCGUGAGACAUGGCGAUCUUCAAGACAUCAUCCUUGCCCUUUCUGCUCAGGACUUUGACAGAGAGGCUGUCAAGGAUGCCGCAAUCCGUCUCAAGGCCAACCUUCAAAUGGAGGAACAGGAGCGUGAGCGUGCGAUGAACGGCGGGUCAGCUAUCAAUCUGCCCAACAUUGCGCAGUCUCUACGAGAGGCUGCAACGCCCCGUGUUGCUCAGGCCGUAGGUCCAUUAGCUGCCGCUUGGGGUAACUGGCGCAAGUCUCAGCAACCCGCGUUUAGGUCUGGCGGUGCUCGACCCUCGUCGUCCAGGUCUGCCUUUAACAGCAACCACACGCCGUCAAGAUCAACUGUCUCAAACUCAUCCAACAAUAACCUGCUGGGCGGACUGCUGACGCCUCCGGCCUCUGGCCUCCGCCAGACCCCUCUCGCACAUGCGGAGGAGCCCCAGCCCACGGCUUUCCAGGCCACUGGUCGUCGCUACACGGCCCAGCAACUACAGGGCCGAGCCCGCGAAUCGUCACUCAGUAAUGGAUCGUCCGGGUCGGUGUCUCAAAAGAGCCCGCCCCCCCGUCGCCCGUCAAGCCAGCAGCAGCCCAUGACGCCCCCGAUGAUGCGGUCCAGCGCUUACGACUCAGACGCUCAUCCGGGCGACUUCGAUGACCACGACUUCUUUGAAGAUUAA